AGCGGAAUUCCCUGAAAUAUGGAAGGAGGCAGAACUAGUGUUAAUGAGGGAGCCAGGGAAGACGGACACGGAACCAAGCAGCUUCAGGCCCAUAUAUCUACUGAGCGUCGUUCGUACAGCUGUACGAACAACUCAUAAGAGGACGGCUGCAAAGGAACUUGAAGAUAAAUGCACAAUUGCAGAUAACCAGCAUGGCUUUAGGGAAGCGAGAUCGACAAAAACGGUCAUAGAAGAGGUAGUACGCACAGAACGCGACGUGUAACCAUUCUGACAGCAUCCGUCGUAAAAAAUGCCUUCAACUCCGCUGGAUGGGCAGAGAAUGAAAAUGAAGGGCAUAUCCUACAAAACACUAUCAAAAAGGUAAGACUUACGAGUGGGUUGCUGCAAGGUUCUGUUCUAGGCCCCACGUUAUGAAUCAUCCUGUACGACGGAGUACCAAAACUGGCAAACGACGACCCGGACGUUAAUCUAGUGGCGUAUGCAGAUGACCUGGCCAUGAUUACAACUGGGAAAACAGAACCAGAAGCACGGCAGAAAACUGAGGAAAUGGCAGCGAAGCUUAUAGAAUGGCUAAGGAGUAGGGGACUGCAGCUGGCGCCACACAAAACAGAAAUAUUCCCGAUCACACGGAGGAGACCAAUAAAGAAGACCAGGGCAACGAUCAAAGGAGUGGAAGUGGGGACGAAGGCAUAACUAAAGUAUCUUGGGUGAUACUAGACAAAGACCUCAACUUCGUCAGACACGUCGAAUACGCUGUAGAGAGAACCAGAGAGACAACAAACACCUUAAGGAAGAUAAUGCCGAGAGUAGAUGGUCUGGCGACAAAAAAAAGAAGGGUUCUCGUAGCAGCAGCGAUGUCUGGACUACUGUAUGGAGCUGAAAUAUGGGCAAAGAGUUUAAGCACAUACAAAACCGGCAGAGACAAAAUCAGAAAGGCACAAAGGAGUAGUGGGAUAGCCGCAUUCCUCAUUGCCGGAAUGCUGCCAGAAAACCUGCUGGCAGAAGAAAGGAGAGAAAUAUACCGAGACCAGACUAACGAAAAAGAAGCUAGGGAAAUGACAAGGCAGAAAUGGAUGGUAGAAGUACACAACCAUAGGGGAGGUGAAUGGACGAAGAAGCUUAUAAAGGUUCCCCUGAAAGGGAUGGACCGAAACCACUGCGACCUAGAGUACGAAACAAUACAAUUCCUGAGCGGAGAUGGAUGUUUCGAAACUCACAGGAAAAAAAAGGGAAGAGCAACAGCGCCCAAUGCUGAAAUUGCCAAGGAUUGGACAAGCCAGAUCAUAUUUUCUUCUGCACGAAAUGGAAGGAAACAAGAAAAGAAUUAGCAGAGGCAAAAGAAGGAAACCCAGACUUUCAAUAUAGCAGACACAAAAUUGUGGAGAAGAUGCUAGAAAGUGAAGAGCAGUGGAAUUUGAUCAAGGAACGGAUAAGGAACGUGAUGAAAGCGGAAGCGGAGGAAGAAAAAAAAAAGAAACAAAUGGAAGGUAUAACUAAGCACAACACAACAUAGGUGGAGUGUGUUUUAGGACACGGAUACCAUAAGAAAGAAGACAACAAAGAUGAAAGAAAACAACGGAGAAGACUAA